AUGGGCAGGGGUAGGCCAAUGGGAGAGCAAGAGUAUGUUUGCAAAGCACUCUUCACAAAUAUCAAGGAAGAAGAACUUACAAACGUUCAAGGCAUUACCAAAAAGUUCAAGGUUGCCUGUUGUCCCGGACGGAAUUGCAAGCUCGACGGACCCCUGAAAUGGGAAUCUGGAUGGACAAACCCAUUCAACCAUUUUCUAGUUUGUUUUGCAAAGAAAAAUAAGGCAGCACUAAAAGUCUUAGCAGAUAAGGCAAAUGAAGAGAAGGAAAAACAGAGGCGGCUUCCAUUUUGUCCAGUUGAAAAAAUUGCACCAGCAGGUCUUCGGGUGUCUGGUCCGCAAGACAAGGCUAUGCAUAAAUGGGUGGAACUUAUUGUGUGCAAAAACUCUCCGCUCUCGCAUGUUGAUGACCCCCUUUUCAGGGAAAUGGUAUAUGGUAGCACACCAAGUGAUGCUAAGCUGACAACUUUUGGCAGUAAACAAGUGAGGGAUACUAUCUUGAUGCUUUCGUAUAUUGUGGAGACACAAAUCAAGGACGAGAUGAAAUUAACAAGUGCCGGGACCAUCCUUCAUGAUGGGUGGAGCAGGUACUCCUCUCAUUAUGUAUGUGUUAUUGCAUGCUACUGCAAAGGACAUAAUGAAGAAGUUAUUACUUCAAUGCUUGCAUGUUGUGAAAUGCCGGAGGUGAACGGGGAAGCAACGGCAGUCGAUACUGACAACUUAUCCUUCUUUCAAAGGUACAAAGAAAAUUCAUCAACAUCUGAGUUCACAGCUAAGGUUCAUGUGAAUUUCAUUCGGGAGCAUGUCUUUGGUUCUAGGUAUGGCUUUUCAAAACCUGAGUUUGAAGACUGGGUGGUGGCUCAAACCGCUGAUUCGGCUUCAACUAACAAAAAAACUGCAAGAGAUUUGAAAGUCCCUCAUAUCCCUUGCAACAAUCAUUUGUUGAACCAUCAGGUGGAAGAAAUGCUCAAAGCAACCACCACCACAGAGGGAAAUGGUGGGGAUGGCAAUGGCCUUGGAGAUGCCGUCAACAAGGUCCACGAAUCGAUGACUAAACUCAAGGGAAGUAACAAGAACAUGGGUGUUCUUCGAAAACACACUCACUACAAACCACAGCUCCGCAAUCAGACUCGUUGGACUGGCGUUUUCACAAUGAUGGAUAAUUUUCUGAGGAUGAGAAACCCAAUGAUCCUUGCUCUUACCGAUAAGGACACGGAUUUCCCCAUGGACCAAUCAGAGGACUUUGAGGCCAAAGCAAGAAAUAUCCGGAAAAUGCUGUUCAACAUCAAUGAAGUGACUAAGCUGUUGCAGACCAGUAAGCAGCCUUUACACUGGAGCCGCAGGUAUUUGGAUAGUCUCAUUAACCAAGCAAAUUCACUGAGAGAGGAGCCGCAGAGUGAAUGGUACGGAAACCAAUUUGGGGGGGACUACAUUGGUCCCAAUUCCAUGAAAAUUCCUACAGAAUCCAAACACUUCAUUUCUGGGGUAAUCAAGAUCCAACGUGGCCAUGUUACCGAGAUGACAGAAGCCGAAAAGUCAGCCUGUAAGAAGAUGAAGAGAGCUCCUGCUGCAGCAGGUGCUGAUGCUGAUGACAAGGAAGAAGAUUUUCUAUCUCAGCUGAAACGGCUAAAAGAGCUGGAACGCUCCUCCUCCGCUGCAGCAGGGCGGAAAAGAUCCCACAUUCAGAUAUCAACAGCAGGAAAUCAAGCUGAUGAAUGUUGGGAUAUGACGAAAUAUGAGUUUUUACGUUCCAAACGAAACUAUUCAAGUACGAGGUUUUUGACACGUGCGAUCGGAAUUUGA